AUGAAGUGGUCAGAAGAGCACGAUCUCAUGCUAUGCAGAGAAGUUCUUGUCAUGGAACCAUUCAAGCACCCAAAGCAAAGUAGAGAGAGAGAAGAAAUCAGGGGAGAAAUAGCACAAAACUUAAAUGGGCUCAGUGUACCCAAAUUCACUGUAAGAAAGCGGUCUGUUAGGGACAGGCUCACACUUUUGUUGAGGAAGUACAAAGAAAAGGUGAGAAACGAAGAGCAGGGUUCUGGCAUGAAAUGUGACGAGGAAACAGAAUUGGGGAUAGCAUUGUUUGAAAUCAUAGAAAAGGAACAGACAGCUGAUUUAGAAAGGAAAGAAAACACGAACACUCUUACCAAGAAGCAUGAAAACGACAAGGCGUCAGCCGAAGAAAGUAGGUUGAAGCCUUGGAGCGCCUGGGCCAAACAAAAAAGAGGAAUGCUGAUUCAUGUGAUGAAGUUAUCAAACCAAAAAGCAGAAGAAGUAACACUGAAGCUGUGCAAAUUCUAA